GCUUGCCUCCAGCUUGUGGCGGGUGGAUCUCCGCUUGACACAUCGCCUCCAAGGCAAUUUGAAAAUUGGCAAGAAAGAUUUUAAGGCCACUUCCAAUUUGCAAAGAUUAUUUAUAAUCUGAAGAACUGCAGGCUGAGCUGACUGAACGGGACACACUUUUGGAGAAAUAAAAAUGGCUUCUCACUGUGUGAUUGCCAUGUUUGCCCUGAUGAGUUCCUGUUUAGCAACUGCAGGUCCAGAGCCCGGUGCCCAGUGUGAAUUGUCGCCUGUCAAUGCCUCCCAUCCAGUCCAGGCCCUGAUGGAGAGCUUCACCGUCUUGUCGGGAUGUGCCAGCAGGGGGACGGUGGGGCUGCCCCAGGAGGUGCACGUCCUGAACCUCCGCACUGCUGACCAGGGGCCCGGCCAGCCACAGAGAGAGGUCACUCUGCACCUGAAUCCCAUCUCCUCAGUCUACAUUCACCACAAGCCUGUCGUGUUCCUGCUCAACUCCCCACAGCCCCUGGUUUGGCAUCUGAAGACAGAGAGACUUGCAACUGGCGUCUCCAGACUUUUCUUGGUGUCUGAGGGUUCUGUGGUCCAUUUUUCAUCAGGAAACUUCUCCUUGUCAGCAGAAACAGAGGAAAGGAGCUUCCCGCAUGGAAAUGAGCAUCUGUUAAAUUGGGCCCGAAAGGAAUAUGGAGCAGUUACUUCAUUCACUGAACUCAAGAUAGCAAGAAACAUUUAUAUUAAAGUGGGGGAAGAUCAAGUGUUCCCUCCCACGUGCAACAUAGGGAAGAAUUUUCUCUCCCUCAAUUACCUUGCCGGGUACCUUCAGCCCAAAGCCGCAGAAGGGUGUGUGAUAUCCAGCCAGCCCCGAGAUAAGGAAGUACACAUCAUUGAGUUAAUCACCCCCAACUCUAACCCCUACAGUGCUUUCCAGGUGGAUAUCAUAAUUGACGUAAGACCUUCUCGAAAGGAUCCUGAGGUGGUCAAAGAUCUCAUCCUGAUCUUGAAGUGCAAAAAGUCUGUCAACUGGGUGAUCAAAUCUUUUGAUAUUAAGGGAAACCUGAAAGUUAUCGCUCCUAACAGUAUUGGCUUUGGGAAAGAAAGUGAAAGAUCCAUGAUAAUGACCAAAUCAAUAAGAGAUGACAUUCCUUCAACCCAAGAGAGUCUGUUCAAGUGGGCUUUGGACAAUGGCUGUAGUCCAGUAACAUCAUACACAGUGGCUCCUGUGGCUAAUAGAUUUCAUCUUCGUCUUGAAAACAGUGCAGAGGAGAUGAGAGAUGAGGAAGUCCAUACCAUCCCUCCUGAGCUACGGAUCCUGCUGGACCCUGGCACCCUGCCUGACCUGGACAACCCUCGCAUCCGGGGAAGGGGAGGCCAAAGUGGAGGUUUCCCCUUUCCCUUCCCCGAUAUCUCCAGGAGAGGCUGGAAGGAAGGGGGAGAAGAUGGGAUCCCUCGGCCAAAGGACCCUGUCAUCCCCAGCAUACAACUGUUUCCUGGUCCCAGAGAGGCCGAGGAGGUGCAGGGGAGCAUGGAUGUUGCCCUGUCAGUCAAAUGUGACAAUGAAAAGAUGACUGUGGCUAUAGAAAAAGAUUCGUUUCAGGCCAGAGGCUACUCUGGGAUGGAGCUCACCCUGUUGGAUCCCACAUGCAAGGCCAAGAUGAAUGGCACCCACUUCAUUUUGGAGUCUCCCCUGAAUGGCUGUGGGACUCGGCACCGGCGAUCAGUCCCUUAUGGUGUGGUUUACUACAACUCCAUUGUAAUACAGGUUCCACCCCCUGGGGAUAGUAGUGGCUGGCCAGAUGGUUAUGAAGAUUUGGAGUCAGGUGAUAAUGGAUUUCCGGGAGAUACGGAUGAAGGAGAUAUUUCCUUCUUUAGCCGACCUGAAAUUGUGGUGUUUAAUUGUAGCCUGCGGCAGGUGGGGAAUCCCAGUAGCUUCCAGGACCCACCCAACAGAAAUGUCACCUUCAACAUGGAGCUGUACAACACUGACCUCUUUCUGGUGCCCUCCCAAGGGGUAUUCUCUGUGGCAGAGAACGGACAUGUUUUUGUUGAGGUGUCCGUCACCAAGGCUGACCAAGAACUGGGAUUUGCCAUCCAGACAUGCUUUAUCUCUCCAUAUUCGAACCCUGAUAGGAUGUCUGAUUAUACUAUCAUUGAGAACAUUUGUCCUAAAGAUGAAUCUGUGAAAUUCUACAAUCCCAAGAGAGUGCACUUUCCUAUCCCGCAAGCCGAGAUAGAUAAGAAACGAUUCAGCUUUGUUUUUAAGCCCAUCUUCAACACCUCCCUGCUCUUUCUACAGUGUGAGCUCACAUUGUGUACCAAAAAGGAAAAGGACCCCCAGAAGUUACCUAAGUGUGUGCUUCCUGAUGAAGCCUGCACCUCGCUGGAUGCCUCGAUGAUCUGGGCCAUGAUGCAGAAUAAGAAGACGUUCACCAAGCCCCUCGCUGUGAUCCACCAUGAAGUACAAUUUAAAGAAACAGGUCCAAGCAUUAAGAAACCGAUUCCAGUUUCUCCACCGAUAUUCCAUGGUCUGGACACCCUAACCGUGAUGGGCAUUGCGUUCGCAGCAUUUGUGAUUGGAGCACUGCUGACAGGGGCCUUAUGGUACAUCUAUUCUCACACAGGAGAGACUGCAGGAAGGCAGCAGGUCCCCACCUCCCCACCAGCCUCGGAAAACAGCAGCGCUGCACACAGCAUCGGUAGCACGCAGAGCACGCCCUGCUCCAGCAGCAGCACAGCCUAGCCUGCCCCACCCACCGCCAAGGGCAGGACUGGGAGCCCACACCUGGGCCCAGAUUCCAGACUCGGGAGGCUAGACUGUGGGUCCCUGGUAAAGAGAGUGAAUUUCAAUGUAGCGAUCACCUGUUGUGUUCACCCCCCACCCAGGGCUAAUAUAAAUGUGACCCCUGGGCUUCUGUAACACACUAGAUUCAUGUGAGAAAGCUAAGGUGGUGGCCUUCUCCACCAGCCCCUCACAGGCUUGGGGGUCUUCAAUGUGAAACACAUGCCAGUUUUUAAAAUGCUGCUUUGUCCAGGUAAGAACAUCUGUAAUUUGGAGCCCUGCGUUUUACCCAGACGCAAAGGGUUGGUAAAAGGAUAAUAGCCAGAUAGUAGAACCCGUGAGUAGAUGUGGCCAAAGAUUCUUUUAUAACUGAACCAAGAUGUAAAACAACAGAAAUGCUUCAAGACUUUCUCAGUGUGUUCCUCCAUUUCUAAUUUGCACCUUCUGAAUGCACACUGCUCACCUUGCUGCCACACUUGUGGGGACUGCUGCGUCGGCUUGAUGUGUGCUGCCCUCACGGACUGCAUCCUGACACACCUCAAGGCAACAUUCCUUUCUUGUGCCCUGGGCCAAAACCAGUGCUGAUUUCCUUAUCAGCUUCCUCCUUCUCCCCACAUUCACACACCAAAUGCAAAAAUGUCUUAAUGUAAAUUUUGCAUUUCUUUACAGGCAUAUAGAAAUUGAAAAUGGCCAAAAUCUGAGACUGAAGAUUUGUGCCCAUUUAUGACAAUGUGUUCUAUUACAUUAAUGUGUAAAUGGGGGCAAAAUUCAGUUGUAAAGUUGAGGAGGAAUUUGCACAGUGAUAUAUGUACCAGUACAAGUAUAUAAUACGUCAUUUGGCACAUUCGUUUUUUUCAGUUUUAAGAAGAGAAAAUUCAUUCCCAUUUUAAAAAUGUCCUACACCUUCAGAGUUGGAACUUAUUCUUAAAUAUAUUUGAGAGAAUUAGUGUUUCCAUGCAAAACAUGUCAACCUUUUCAAUAGACCCUUUUGUAAACGCCAAGCUCUUGUAAGAUGCAAAUGUAUGGCAGACUGUUGGUUAUCUGAACAGUGUCACCAGUUCUGCCAAGAAACUGAUGAGAUACGGAAAAAGACACUCAUUUGGAUUGCUUUAGUUCUCUUGCCUUCAAUAUACCCCCAAAACUCAAAAAGAAUUUGAGGUGAAUUUUAUUAAAAUGGAAUAAUAUGAUACCACUUUGCAGCUAAAAUAAGCUCAACUGAUACCUC